GGACACACUGUCAACCCACCUUUGUGCCGCUGGGAUGAUGAGACCCAGGACAGGCCGUCAGAGUUGCGAACCUGAACUGCCUAACCAGAAGACGCACAUUAUUCCACUGAGGGAGUUCGCGUCGCUGCCUCGUUUGAUUGCUGUGGGAUUAUAGUAUGGCUCCUCCGCCUUGACACUCGCUGCUCCGCCUCGCUAUCUCCCCUGUCACACUCUCCCUUUACUUCCGCCUGGUGAAGUCAUCAUAAACUGCUCCAUCUCUAGGCCCAUCCUGGACGGUCGUGGUGGAGAUGUCCAAGGCCGUUCUCAAGGCAAUCGGCGAGCUGAUCCGCCAGUCGAAAUGGGACGACGCGAUUCAAAAGGCUGAAGCUUUCGUGCAGAGUGAGCCCAAGAGCUUUCAAGGACACAUAUUCCUGGCGUUCGCCUUGGACAAAAAGGGCAAGCUCGCCGAGUCUGAGUCGAGCUAUCUUGCCGCAAGCGCCCUGAAACCCCAGGACCCACAACCAUGGCAGGGUCUGAUCAAGCUCUACCAAAAGCAAGCCUGUGCCCGGCUUGACGGAUACAAACACGCAGCUGUCAAGCUGGCCGAGCAUUACCACAGCCAAAAUGAUUUGUACAGGUGUCAGGACGUCAUCAUCCAGCUCACAGAGCACGUCAAGAACACAGGAGAUCAGGCCCAGUAUAUUGAUGUCCUCGAGGUUACCCUGCCGGGCAGCCCCAUCUAUCCAGCCCUCGAGGGCAGACUGCCGCAUCCUGCCAGGACAUAUGAGACCAUCGCACAGUUCACUGAGGCCACCGAAAAGAAAAAGAUCAACACACUCAUCGGCGAGCGCCGGACCCGGAUCGGCGCAAGGAUCAACGAUGUCACCGUCGAAGUCAAGCGCGAGGUCCUGGGCCAGAGCAAGCUAGGAGAGAUCUACCGCAACAUCAUCAACUGGACAAACGACGACGAGCUCCGUCGAUCGUACGAGGAGAAGCUUCUCCAGCACUGCUACGACAGACUCUUGGCCUUCCCCCAUGGCGAGGAAAAGGCUCGCGAGCUUGAGGUUGUGCAGAAGCUGGCUGCUGACAUGGUAAUAAUCAAGCACCCGUUCAAGCUCGCUUGGGAUAUUGUCGUAGACUGGCAGGAUCACAAGGAAACCAGGCAAUGGGAUGUCACCGUCUUGCGUGACUACUGCGCAUUCUUCCCAGACAGCGACCUCUACAAGAUCAUCACCGGCUACCUCACGAGUACUAUUUCGCCUUUUCCCAAAUCUGAGGGGAACCCCGAUGAUGCCGGGACGAAAGGCGAUGCCGCCAAUGAAGACGAGAGCGAGGACGAUGAUGACGGCGGAGCCCCAACAGCAUUUGUCCCCAUCACGGACGAAGAUCGGAUCCUGAUGAUGACGGAGGGGAUCAGCACAGCGAACUCGCUAUUUGCGUGCCGGCUAGUUGGCGAGUACUAUCAGCACCUCGAGGAGCAUGAUAGCAAUGUCGACCUGAUGCGCAAAGCGCGGGAACUUGUCAACAGCCAGAGAAGGGAAACCGGACUCAAGUUUGAGAACACUGAAAACGCGCUGCUCGUGUAUCUCGGCACUGCGCUAGUCUUCUAUCAGUCCCCGAGAAAUCACCAGGAAGCCAAGGCGCUUUUCGACAGCGUUCUCGAGCGUGAUCCCACAGCCACCCCUGCUCUGAUUGGCGUAGGUCUAAUCUACGAGGAAGAGGAGGAGUUCGACGACGCCAUCGCUUUCUUGGAGAGAGCGCUGGGCCGUGACCCUGAAAACCUGCGGGUCCGCUCCGAGGCGGCCUGGGUCAAGGCUCGGAAGGGUGACUUUGCUGCCGGCAAGGAGGAGCUCGAGGCUUGCGUCCCCUUGAUGGAGAAGGGCGGGCCCCCCAUGAAGGGACUGCUGGCUCAGACCCAGUACCGCCUAGGAGUGUGCAUCUGGAACGUGGACACGUCCAAGGCUGCGCGCAAGAGUCGGGCAGGCGCAUACGCACAGUUCCUGGCAAGCUUGAAGAACGACCUCAACUUUGCUCCGGCCUACACAAGCCUAGGAGUCUACUACGAGGACUACUGCAAGGACAAAAAGAGAGCACGCAAGUGUUUCCUGAAGGCCGUCGAGCUGUCGCCGUCCGAGGUCGAGGCUGCGGAACGACUUGCGAGGUCCUUUGCUGAGGACCGGGACUGGGACCGAGUGGAGCUCGUGGCGCAGCGGGUCGUGGAUUCAGGCAAGGUCAAACCCCCUCCUGGUUCUAAGAGAAAAGGGUUGGGUUGGCCGUUCGCAGCAUUGGGAGUCGCGGAGCUCAACAAGCAGGACUAUGCCAAGGCCGUGGUCUCGUUCCAGUCCGCGCUUCGCAUCAAGCCUGAUGACUACCACUCCUGGGUCGGCUUGGGCGAGAGCUACUACAACUCGGGUCGGUACAUGGCGGCGACAAAGGCCACGCUAAACGCGCAGGAGCUUGAGGGCACGCCAUCGGGCCCGCAGGACCCCGCAGACGUUUGGUUCACCAAGUUCUUGCUAGCAAACAUCAAGCGCCAGCUCAGUGAUUAUGACACCGCCAUAGAUCUCUACAAGGAGGUGAUCACGAGCCGACCGGACGAGGAUGGAGUGGCAAUCGCGCUGAUGCAGACCAUGGUUGAGAGUGCCCUGUCGGGCGUGGAUAAGGGCCUCUUCGGCAAGGCUGUGGGGCUUGCGGUCGACACCAUCGACUUUGCCACGAAGGCGACGGCAACAGUCUCGGACACUUUUAACUUUUGGAAGGCUGUGGGCGAUUCCUGCUCCAUCUUCUCGAGCAUUCAGGGGAGGCUGUCGGAGUUCCCUAGCGACGCCGUGAGUGCUCUCAUAGGAGACGACGACGGGCGCCCCGAGUACGACACGUUCAGAGACAUAGAUAAUGUCGGCGUGAAGGUCAUCCAGACCAAGAGCGUAUGGUCGGAGGAGGAGAAGCUUGGUGUGGAGCUCACCCGGUGUCUGCAGGCGUCCAUCCUGGCGCACAAGCGUGCGGUCUACGUGUCUUCACGCGACGUUCACGCCCAGGCUGUGGCCUAUUUCAACCUGGGUUGGGCCGAGUACCGGGCCCACACGUGCCUGCCUCAAUCAAUCAGGCAAAAGUCGAGCAGCUAUCUCAAGGCGGCUGUGCGAGGGUUCAAGCGCGCCAUCGAGCUCGAAGCCGGCAACGCAGACUUCUGGGAUGCGCUCGGUGUUGCAACGAGCACCAUCAACCCGGCCGUUUCGCAGCACGCCUUCGUCCGGAGUCUGUACCUGAACGAGCGUGGCGUGUCGGCUUGGGCGAACCUGGGCACUCUGGCGCUCAUGCAGAACGACUUGGCGCUCGCCAAUGAGGCCUUUACGCGGGCGCAGUCGACAGACCCGGACUACGCCCACGCCUGGGUCGGACAAGGAUUUGCGGCGCUCAUGUACGGCGACGCCCGCGAGGCACGCGGGCUGUUCACUCACGCAAUGGGUAUAGCAGGGUCGUCAUCGACUGUGACGCAGCAGCAGUACUCCGUCUCCAUGUUCGACCACGUUGUCGCUGGGCCACCGGGCGGCGUUCCCAUCGGGUCGCUUCUACAGCCCGUUUUCGCCCUCGGCCAGCUGCGGGCCCUGCGGCCGCAGGAACUUGGACUAGGCCACCUGUCAACUCUCUUCCACGAGCGUGUCGGACAUCACACCAGCUCUGCAGCUGUGCUCGAGCCUAUAUGUGCCUCACUCGAGGCUCACUACGAAAAGACAGAAUCCCCGGAGUCGCUUCGGCGGUUCGCACUGGCCAAGACGGACCUGGCGCGCUCCUUGCUAGCCUCGGGCCGCAACGACGAAGCGGUCGAGUGUGGUGAGAUGGCGCUGCAGCUGACAGAGGGAGACGAGUCGGAGCUCCCCGUUGAGGAGCGAGCCAAGGCCCGGCUGUCGUCCCAUCUCACCCUGGGCCUGGCGAGGUACUUUGCGGGCGACGUCGACGACUCUAUCACCUAUUUCCAAAAGGCCCUGGACGAGUGCGGCGAGCAGAUGAAUGCGGACGCCGUGUGCUUGCUGGCUCAGGUGCUCUGGGUCGCAGGUAGCGAUGAGGCACGCGAGCAGGCGCGGACUUCGCUCUUCGAGGUAGUGGAGCAGUGGCCGGACCAUGUGCCGUCGGUAUUACUGCUAGGCGCCAUUGCGCUGCUCGACGGAGACGCCGAGAGUCUCGAGGCGGUCUCAGCCGAGCUGCAGGCUCUGCGGGCGAGCGAUGCCGUCGGAGCGACUGGCCAGUCGCAGAUCAGCGAGGUGUUGCGGGCUGCGGCAGCUCUCGGAGAGGGCGCUGACGUUGCCAAGGAACAGGCCCAGGUCGACAUCAUGCUCCACCCGUACCUUCCACACGGCUGGCUGAACUUGUCAGCGGUGGCGGGCAAGGAUGGAAUCGAGGCGGCGGCGGCGACCCAGAGCGCCAAGGUUGCGGUGGAGCUUGCCCGGCUGGCCGUGGCACCAAGGGGCAACCUCGCGGCCGAGGACCUGGCGACGACGUAUGCGGGGACGGGUAGGGCCGUGGACGCGCAGACGGCCAUUAUGGCUGCGCCGUGGAUCAAGGAGGGCUGGCACGGACUGGCGGAUUGUCUGGCUGCUCAGUAGGCGGGUUUGUGCUCGGCUAAUGUGCCUGGAUUAUACAAUGCUAUGUAAAGCAGCUGGUGGGGGUUAGGCAUGUUUUUCUGUUCGGGAUGGUCUAGGGAGGGAUGUCUAGGCAGGUGUGGACUUUCAAGCCAUGAUAGGUUGUGUCAAAAUACAUGUUGGAUUAUAC